UGCGCGCGGACUCGGAUUCGUCUACUUCGCUUCGCGCCGUACACCGGCUUCACCGGGACUGGGAAGGAGGCGCAGGAACGGGUUAGGGGUGAGGCUCAGGGAGGGCCUCGAGGCCUGGGCUUGCGCCAGUCGGGAGGUGCAGGGCUGGGAAGGAGAGUGGGGACGCGGGGUGUCUCCGGAGGCCCAGGGACAUGGCGCGGCCGGAAGAUGAGGAAGGGGCAGCGGCGGCGCCCGGGCUUCUGCACGCGAACGGAUACCUGCCGGUGCUAGGGGACGCGCCCAUCGGGAGAGUGAGCUCACAGCCGCAGGACGGGUCCAAAGCCGGCUGCCUGGCUCUGAAAGGGGCCCCCCGGGAAAGCUCCGUGACCUCCUCGGGAGCCGUGAGCGGGCCGCAGACUCUGCUGGCCCCGGAGGAGGAGACCCAGGCCCGGCUGCUGCCCUCAGAUCCCGGGGAGGAGACCCCUGAGGCCGAGCGUCCCGCAGUUCCCCGGACGGCGCUGUCCCCGCGGCGCUUUUUGGUGCUCCUGAUCUUCAGCCUGUACUCGCUGGUGAACGCCUUUCAGUGGAUCCAGUACAGCAUCAUCAGCAACGUCUUCGAGGACUUCUACGGCGUCUCCUCCUUGAACAUCGACUGGCUGUCCAUGGUGUACAUGCUGGCCUACGUGCCCCUCAUCUUCCCGGCCACCUGGCUGCUGGACACCAGAGGCCUGCGGCUCACCGCCUUGCUGGGCUCCGGCCUCAACUGCCUGGGCGCCUGGGUCAAGUGCGGCAGCGUGCAGCAGCAUCUCUUCUGGGUCACCAUGCUGGGCCAGUGUCUGUGCUCCGUGGCCCAGGUUUUCAUCCUGGGGUUACCCUCCCGCAUCGCCUCAGUUUGGUUCGGGCCCAAGGAGGUGUCCACAGCUUGUGCCACCGCCGUGUUAGGCAAUCAGUUUGGAACUGCGAUUGGCUUUUUGCUACCACCAGUUUUAGUGCCCAACAUACAGAAUAACACAGAUCUCAUGGCUUCCAAUAUCAGUACUAUGUUUUAUGGAACAGCAGCUCUCUCCACGCUUUUAUUUAUUUUAACAGCAAUUGCAUUCAAAGAAAAACCUCAGUAUCCUCCAAGUCAGGCUCAAGCAGUUCUCCAAGACAGUCCCCCUGAAGAGUACUCCUAUAAGAAAUCAAUAAAGAAUAUGCUGAAAAACAUUCCUUUUGUUCUUCUGUUGAUCACUUAUGGUAUCAUGACUGGAGCAUUUUAUUCAGUUUCAACAUUAUUAAAUCAAAUAAUAUUGACCUAUUAUAAGGGAGAAGAAGUGAAUGCCGGAAGGAUUGGGCUAACACUGGUAGUAGCUGGAAUGGUGGGCUCUAUUCUUUGUGGCUUUUGGCUGGAUUAUACCAAAACAUACAAACAGACUACUCUGACAGUUUACAUUUUGUCUUUUAUUGGAAUGGUUUUAUUUACUUUCACAUUGGACCUUGGAUACCUUAUCAUCGUGUUUAUUACUGGAGGGGUGCUUGGUUUCUUCAUGACUGGUUACAUCCCCUUGGGUUUUGAAUUUGCUGUUGAAAUUACUUACCCUGAAUCUGAAGGUACUUCGUCUGGCCUUCUUAAUGCUGCUGCACAGAUAUUUGGAAUUCUUUUCACAUUGGCUCAAGGAAAACUCACAACAGGCUAUGGUCCUUGGGCAGGAAACAUUUUCCUCUGUGUUUGGAUGCUUGUAGGCAUCAUUUUAACAGCAUUGAUCAAGUCUGAUCUAAGAAGACAUAAUAUAAAUACAGGAAUUACAAAUGUUGAUGUUAAAGCUGUGCUGGUUGACAGUCCCACAGAUCAAGAACCAAAAGCUAUUUUGUCCAAGCAGUCAGAAUCAGCAAUUUGAGGUGAAAGGAAAAGUUGAUGCCCAAAUAUCAUGUGAUAAUUGAGAUACAGUGUAAUGAUCCUUGAAGAAAUAUAUGAGCAGUAAGGCUUGAUUUAUAGAUUAUGGAGAAGGGACACUUACUUGAAAUUACUGUUAUGAACUCUAAAUGCACAAUUACUUUUGCUUAAAAUAUAUCAUUUAAACACUACCAUUUAUCUACUGUGUCCCAUUUUAAAUCUUAUAUUCUGUCUGAAAGUAAGCUUUUUGACAUGUAUUUUUCAAAAGUAGAUGUUUUUCUUUUUUGUAGAAAAUGGAAGCUUAGAAGGCUUCUUAAAAUGAUAAUAAGGGGGUCCAAUCCCCUUAAGUCACAUAGGAGUAUAUACAUUUUUAUAAAAAUAUUCAGUGGAGCUAAUAUAUAUUCCUAAUUGGCUACUUUUCCACUGUGCUGACCAACUGUCCAAGCCCCCUCAGUAUGAAUACAGUACACCAACACAAUGCUACUAACUCACCUAAGGACAAUAUUGGGGCCGGACUUCCAGGUGACCUCUAAUUUGUUUUCCGUUUCUUAUAUUCUUUGUAAUAGGUACUGUCUAUGGCCACGAAACAGGUUUUUUUCUGUUACAGAGAAAAAGAUAACUUUUCUGUAUUAAUUGAACCCAUGACUUUGAUCUUCGAAUUGUGUCCUAAUUAAGCUCAGGAGCCCAGACACAGGCUUAUUUGUCUUGAGAGCUCUAUGGUACUGUCCUGUCAUGGUGUAAAUGGUAACAACGUAUUUUUUCACUCCAACUUGAAAUAGAGCAGGAUUU